AUGACUUGGACUCUCAAGAAUCCCGCCUAUCGAUAUGAGGUGUUGACGGACGAGAAUGCUGUCACAUAUGUUGAGCAGCACUACGGGCCCAAUGGCUUCAACAGACCAGACAUAGUCUCGAUCUACAAAGGGUUGAGCGCAAGAAUCAUUCAGGCGGAUCUGUUGCGCUACCUGAUUAUGUACGUGGAGGGUGGCCUGUGGUCCGACAUUGACGUCGAAGCAAUCAGGCCAAUCGACCAUUUCAUCCCGAAGCGACACAGCGAACACGAUGUUGGUAUGGUCGUAGGGGUGGAAACAGACGAGCCAGCAUUGAAGGACCACCCUGUGCUUGGGGCAAAAGCUACAUCCUUCUGCCAGUGGACUUUUAUGUGCAAGCCGCGACUGCCAGUCAUGAUGAGACUAAUCGAUAACAUCUUGAUCUGGCUAUCAAGACUUGCGGUUGAGCAGGGAAGAUCAAUCUCAGAACUGGAGCUCAAUUUCGACGAGGUUCUCAACGGUACAGGACCAUCCGCCUUCACGACAGCCAUACUCGCUGAGAUGACAGCUUCGACUGGGCGGAAGUACACAUGGGACGAUUUCCACGACCUUGAGGAGUCAAAAGUUGUUGGAGGAGUGCUUGUGCUCACUUCUGAAGCAUUCGCUGCUGGGACUGGACACUCAGACUCUGGCAAUCACCAUGGUAAAGGUGCUCUAGUCAAGCAUCAUUUCCAUGCUUCUUCUUGGACCACAAAUCAUCCUCGCUUCAAGCAUCCAAUCUAUGGUGAGGUCGAGAAGUGUAACUGGGAUGUUGAGUGUGUCAAGCUCUGGGAUGCAAAUACUGCCUUCUUCGCCUCUCUACCAAAAGAAGAUCAGAGAAAGAUGAUCGGUCUCAAAGACCGCGAGGAGACCGCUGCAGCUCUGGAUGCUGAGUUCGCCGCUGCAAUGCCGAUGCUACCGAAAGCUGGUCCACCACCAGCCGUGAUGCCUGAAGCACCGGGAAACGACUUUCCAGCACUCGACGGCAGCGCGCAGGAGCCUUUGGCAGCCACGCAAGCUGAGAUACAGCCAGUUGAUGUGCCAGCAGGCAACGAAGCACCAUUACUAGCGGACUCGCCACCGGCGAUUGCAGGGCUUGGUUUGGCUGCGGCUCAGCCGGAAUCACAACCGGAAGCGCGAUCAGAACCUGAGCAAGAUACACCGGCUGGCAUACCCGAAGGCCUCGAGCCCGGCCUUGCGGCCGGCCUUGACCAAGUUGAUUGGCCAGUAGCUGCACCCGCCGAGCCAGUCGGUGAGCUCGUGGACGAUGCAGAAUAA